AUGAAUAUAAUUGAUAAUUUUCUUGUGUUUAUUAUAAAAAAAUAUUAUUUAUUUAUAUUACAACAAAAAAGCAAAUUAUUUAUAACUAUACUGAAAUUUUAUGGUGUAAAUUAUGAAAGCUAGAUAUUUAACAUUUUUCUCUUAUAUAGGUACAAAAUUUAGGUCUUCCGAAAAAAUAUGGCUUAAAAAUGGUCGUAACUAUCCUGACACUGAAAGCGUCCAGGGAUUAAUGGAAAUAUCAUUACUGAAAUUUAAGCCUUUAAAUUAUCCUAACCUAUUUCUGUCAAGCCGCACAGAUGGUGGAGUGCAUGCAUUGAAUUCUAGUGCACACUUUGACUUGGAAAGACAUGGAAAUCGUAUAUAUGAUACACAAUUCAUCAUUAAUGAAAUGAAUAGGUUUUUCUCAAAGAAUCAAAUAAGUAUUUAUGUUAAAGAGGUUCUACGAGUUAAUGAUGAUUUUAAUGCCAGGUUUAUUGCUACCUCAAGGACAUAUUUGUACAGAUUGGCAAUACUAAAACCGGAGGUCCAGAUUGAUGAAAAUAAUUACAGUAUACCAUCAUUGAUCCCGAUAGAGGAAUGGAAAAGGUGUGACUUUAUAAGAUCAAAAGAAUUCGACAUAGAGAAAUUCAAGGAAGGCGCUAAAUAUUUGGUAGGCUAUCACGACUUCACGACUUUCAAGAAGUUUGAUAAAUUGAAACAGAAUAAGCAUAAUCGACGUGAAAUUAAAUCCAUAGAUGUAAGACCAGGCCGACCUUGUGUCACGACAUACACGAGUCAAAGUAACAACUGUUUUAAUUAUUGGGACAUAACAAUAAAAGGACGAGCAUUUGUACAUAACCAGAUACGACGUAUGAUUGGCACCCUCAUAUCAGUCGCAAAGGGAAAAUUAAAACCCGAGGAUGUAAAAGUUAUGCUACAAGUCCCGUCCAAGCAUUCCUGGCACAGUUUCAUAACGUCUUGUCUUCCCGACGGUCUCUACCUUUGCAACGUCGCAUAUAACCCCGAAGAUUUGCUCUACGACCCAAAUAGAAAAAUUAUAUUUGAAUUGGAAAAAGAGAAUGAAAAUGAGUUUCUUGAAUGA